CGGCUACUAUGCGCGUCAUCUUUCAGCGACGGAAGUUGGUAGAGUCGGGGCGUCCGGAGAGGUUGGUUGGAAGCGCGGACUGGGAACCUUCUCGGUGUUACCCAGAGACUAACAAUGGACACUCAGCAGGACGUUCAACCUCCAAAGCAGCAGCCAAUGAUCUAUAUCUGUGGAGAAUGUCACACAGAAAAUGAAAUUAAAUCCAGGGAUCCAAUCAGAUGUAGAGAAUGUGGAUACAGAAUCAUGUACAAGAAAAGAACUAAAAGAUUGGUGGUUUUUGAUGCUCGGUGAAACAUGAGAAUUCAGAAAAGUGUCUUCGUUGGUACCUGGAUUUGUCCCUUAAUGAGUCUCAUUGUUGGAUAGCUUUUAAUUUAACAUACUUUUAAUUUAACAUACUUAAGAAUACAACUGUAAACUGUAAAAAAAUGAUUUCAUUUUUAUUUCAUUUUCAAAACCAGAUUGUUUUUAGGUAUCUAAAUAUACUUUGUAUAAAGAAUUUUUUUGUUCAGUGAUAUGGCUAGUAAUUUAAUUUUAUCAUGUAUGUAGUCUGACAACAAUAAAAGUUAAAAUUGUUUUCCUAAACCAUACUUUUAAUAAAAUUUAUUAGAAAUUCAGAUUACUAGAGCUCUCUAAAGAUCUGAUUAAAUACGUUCCUUAGAAACCACUGUUCUUUGUCAUUGUUUGUAAACAUGAUAGCACCGUUUGGUACAAAGUAUACCAGUAUACUAGCUGCUGUGUAAAGUUAUGAAAAAUAAUAAUAGAAAUCAGAAGUGAAUAGAUAUAUAAAAAGAUGUAAAACAAGUUGCUUUCUCAUACAUACAGAUACAUCCCACCCUACUGAAACAAGUCCUAUGUAGAAGACUAGUCAAGGUGGAGUGGUUACUGGAGCAGAAAACUGAAUGAUGAGAAGGAGCUGGCUAUAGGAAAACAGGAAGGAACAUUGCUGAGGUGGAGGAAACAGCCGUUGUAAAAGCUCUGGGGUGGGAUGUGAGCUCAUCUUGUUUCCCUUUUAAUGAAGACACUCUGACAGACUUUGUGAGCAGUGAGAUAGUGGGAAGAGAUGAGGGUUGCAGAGGUGGGCAGAAGCCAGAAGCUAAGUUAGGAUGCUGUGUUGGAGAGCAGCUGGGACAGUGAGCAAGGGAGUGACAUGAUUUACAGGGUCAGGUGUCUGUAGUAACUAAUGCCAGAGAUAAUAGCUGGGCCAGGGUGGUUACUGUGGAAAGGAUGAGCUAUAACUGUGGAACCCAUUUUGAAGCUGAGUCAAAAGGACUUAUGAGUAGCACAACAAAGAGCUCAAUAAGCCAUAUGGACCUUGGUGUAAGACUUUGGGACCAGAUACCCAGACUGCCCCUUGUUAGCUGGCCAUGUGCACCUACCAGGCCUCUCAUACACAUCUUGUUUCUUGGAUGCAAUGUUUUCUUUUGUGUCGAUAAAGACUAGUGAUGACUUUCA